AGGUACUAUAGAUACACGCCGUCUGUAGAAUAUAAAACUAUCGUCCGGCUGUUGAGAAUCGGCCUAACAUCUGGAGUUAAUAAAAUAAUUAUUAUUGUGUUUAAUUGUGAACGGUUUUUAGUUCUGAUAUGCUUCAUUAUCAAUUGAUGAACGCAUAUUAGCGAUCGACAUAAAUUUGAAUUGGAAGGCAUCGUCGUGUAUGCAUGAGCGAGGCAUUCGAAGCGGCUUCCCCUCGUCAAGUGGAAUCGCCCACCCGACCCCCGGUCCCUGGCGCGGUCCGUAUAUUGUUGAAUAUGUGCGUACUUUUGAGCCCGGGUUGUAUUUUCCACGUAAAUUUUCAAAGUUCUGUAGUUCAAUGACAUUCAAUAAUAAUAAAAAAUGUGCUAUUAUCAAUAAUAAAGUUUAUGCGCUUGUCCCCUUUAGUGCAUUUCGGGAAUAUCAUAUUGCGUUAUUGAGAUAAACAGUUCUUCCGUAAAGUGUUACAAAGUUAUGUUUGUGUUUUAACAAGUAUUACGUGUUUUAAUGAGUGUAAUGUGAAUUCUACAUGACUGUACAUAAUAUUUGUGAUAUGAAUUUAGUAUUUAAAAUAAUAUUGUGCAAAUGGACUCAAGACCAAAUGUGAUUUGAUGUGAAUUUAUGUUAAAAUGGCGCCAAUAUCAAAGAAAAGUCAGACUGUGCAUUAUAUACGAUUUAAAUUUUAUCGGAUUCGAAAAAAUGUUUGAAUUAAAAUCCUGUCAUUUUGAACGUGCAGUCCAUAAUUUAAAGUGUUAACGAAUUCGAAUAUUGUUAUGUGAUAUAUGCUCGGACAAUCAUGUGAUGUUCAAGGAUUGGUGAAUGUUUACUUUCAUACUGUUCGAUUUAAUUCGUUUGUUCUGAUUUGAAGUUUGAACUGCUUGAAAAAUGUCGUCUGUGUUGUGCCUAAAGUCAAUUUGAUCGCUUUAGAACGGUUGAAAGUGCGUAUUGUUUGUUGUACGAAUGAAAUACGUAUGCCAUUACGCAGUGCCCGCUUCACGCGACCGGCAUACGUCUAAAAUCGUGCAGUAGUGAUGACAGUGUUCGCAGCAGACGAGUCGCCCCAGCAGCAAAUCUGUCAUCCCAAUGGAGGCAGCUGCAGCACCAGCAAUUCGCGCGGUAGUCGUCGGCUCGUCGGGUGGGCCCGGUCCACCGACUGCGCAACAGCAACCGAUCAUUGCGACGACACAUCAACAAACGCAGCAACAGCAACACCAGCAGCACCAGCAGCACCAGCAACACCAGCAGCAGCAGCACCAGCAGCAGCAGCACAAUAACGACAACACCGUUGCACACCUGCAUCACCACCAGGCCCAAAAUCAACAACAACAGCUCUACAUACAAUCACAGCAGCGACAUUCGACAAUGGCGCCCAUCGUAAUGCACAGGGCUGGUGAGCCACAAGGCUACGGCAAACCACAGCAGCAGGCGAUAUCACGUAGUGCUGCUGCAAGUCCAUUGUCACCUCCGCGGCCAGGAUCUGGAGCGUAUCCAACGUUCACUGUAGCAUCGGCUAGAGAAGCGCCUAUGCGAUAUUUGCAGCCUUCUCCAUACGGAGCCGCGGUACCUUACCGCGAAAAUCCAUAUGCAAGAAUACCUAAUAUGGAUUAUAUGAGAAAUCAUACGCCCGAUAGUUCCACUCGACCUAGAAUUUCGUUGUUAGCACCUACAUGCAGUACAGAAUACUUGAGACCGUUGCUCACACCUCCUGAUGCAGGUGGUCAGCCAUUGUAUAAAAAAGUUCGUUUGAACACCGGUGAACCUUCAGCACCGGCCUCUAUACCGCCACCAUUAAAAAUAGAUACGAGGGAGCCACCUGCUGGCGCUUAUCAUCCUCAAGUAGAAGCAAUUUCUCCAACUUUACCUCCGGAUCAUUAUGAAGAUCAACUGAAAAGUACUAAAGAUGAAUUAUUAGCUUCGAUUUCUAAAGUUGAUCGAGAGAUAGCUAAAGCCGAAAUUCAAAUAUUUCAAUUGAAAAAGGAGGAAGAUAGAUUGCAAGAAGCUGCUAUAAAACCCAGCACGGGCUCCGAAACGAAUCAGAAAAAGGAGCCAAAGCAUCGCAGUUUAGCGCAAAAAAUUUACGCCGAUAAUCGAAAACGGGCAACACAAGCUCAUGCUGUGUUAUCUGUUCUAGGUCCUUCAUCGUUAUUACCUUUAUAUCAGCAGCCACGGGAUGCGGCAGCAUGGCGCGAUACUAAAGCACAAUAUUCGGAGCUCAGGCCGCGGCUAUUAUUGCAUUUCCGAAAAUUAAAAGCGGAGCGGCUAGAACGCGAAACGCAAUUAGCCGAGAGAUAUUCUCAACUCGCGCAGGAGUGGCAGAGGAGAGUAGAUCGAGCCGAAAGUUCAGCGAAAAGACGUGCAAAGGAUGCGAAAAAUCGUGAAUUCUUCGAAAAAGUCUUUCCAGAACUUAGGAAACAACGCGAAGAUAAAGAACGCUUCAACCGAGUUGGCGCUCGUAUUAAGUCGGAAGCGGACUUGGAGGAAAUAAUGGAUGGUUUGCAGGAGCAAGCGAUGGAGGACAAGAAGAUGCGUUCAUAUGCCGUCAUUCCACCAUUGCCGUACGAUGCUAGGCGACGCAAACUGACCUACACUAAUGACAAUGGCGCCUGCGACGACAUGGAACGCGAUUACAAGGAAAGGAAAAAUUUGAAUGUUUGGACAGCAGGAGAACGCGAGAUGUUCCGUGAGAAAUAUUUGCAGCAUCCGAAAAAUUUUGGAGCAAUAUCGGCUUGUCUUGAACGUAAAAGUGCACAGGACUGUGUUAGGUAUUAUUACUUAAAUAAAAAGACUGAAAAUUAUAAACAGCUUUUAAGAAAAUCGCGACAAAGGACGAGAAGUUCUAGAUCAAACGUUAAUCGCGGUCAAACAGCGGGUCAAGUAGCGACAAACAUUGCGGAUCUUCUUACCUCUGGCGUAACAACGCGUUUGCAACGCGAACAACAGAAGACAGGACUGAAAGACAAUAAUGUUGGCUCUAGUUCGGCAUUGGCCGCCACUUCAAUACCGAAAGAAGAAGCACCUGCCGUUGAAUAUAAUAAUUGUAGUGACACUAGCAAUAACAUUUUCAACAAUAACAGUAACAGUAACAAUGAUGUGGUUAAUAAUAGUGCACCGGUUGUGGAAUCGUCAACGUUACAUACUACUGGCGAGAAUAAUAGUGGUGCAUCAGGUGCUUCAGGUGGAGUGACUAGUGAAGUGAUAUCAGAAAACAUUGUAUUAAUGACUGACGUGCCGGUCGUGACGGAUUCAGUGACACAAUCGGUACCGAUAGCGACUCCAGAGGCGCCAACGGAACCACUUCCUGCUGCUGCUGCUGCUGCUGCUGCUUCUGCUGCUGCGACAGCAGACACAGAUAAAGAAACUACUGCGAAGUCUAUAUUGCCUAUUGGCACCGAUGAACAAAACUGUACAACUGAUACGUCGGUGUUAAACGAUAAGAAGCUAAAGCAAAAAGAUGCAGCAGCAACUUCAGAUGAUGAGCACCAGGAUAAGGCGGGAACAGGUAAUGUAGAGACUUGUUUCAUCUGCAAAAUGGAUUCAAAUCAGGCGCGCACACUGGCCAAGUCUCAUGCGCAACAGUAUGGUCUCACCGAAGAUAUGGUGCCCCAGGGUGCGCGUGUGUGCAAUACUUGCCGGUGUAAAUACGUCAGAUCGCGGUCCACUGUGUGCCCCUUGCCGACUUGUCCGAACAGCAAGGACCGCGUCAAGCGUUUACGAAGCCUUCCGAAGCGAUGGAUGGAGCUGACGCAAGACUUGCGAGAACCGAUAAUGAAAGAAUUUAAAAUUCCAUCGGCGAAUACGAAAUGCUGUUCUGCGUGCUACAAUCGGAUAACAAGGCGUGUUCUUGGUCUGCAUUUACAAGAGGAUAUUUCAGAUCCAUCUCAACGACUGACUGACGAAGAAAUAGCUUGUUUCAAAAGAUUACUAAGCGAACAUGGCUGUCAAUGGCAAACCAUCGCAGAAGCGUUAUCGAAAACAAUCUAUCAAAUUAAGAAUUUUUAUUUCAACUAUCGAAAAAAACAUGGUCUGGAGGAGCUAAUAACAGAGUACAAUAGAAAAAAUGGCAUAGAUAUAAAACCUGUGCUCACAGAUGAAGAAGAAAGCGGUAGCACGACAUCUUCUUGUGAUGAAAAAGAUAAUGCAGCUAGUGACACAGCAUCAGCAGCCAGUCCUCAUUGUAAUACGUCUUUGAUAGGUCUUAGAGAUGGCGAAGAAUUGAUUUCAAGGCCUAGAAGUCAAAGUGAUGAUAAGUCUUUAAUAUCCUCGAUUCCCACUGCUUCUGGAAUGCCGACACCGACGGUUCCUGUUGCUAAAAUCACAAGUAAGGACGAAUAUGAUAGUUCGGCAACGGAAACAGCCGAUGAAGAGAAUGAAUCGCCCACUACAAGAAAUAGUCCCAAAGCAUUACUUCAGCCGGCAUAUCAAACUGGUCAACCGACAGCACAACAAGCAACAAUAACUGUAGUGACAAACCAGAACGGCCCUCCUGUUAUAAAUCAGCCAUCGCGACUGGACUCGAUGGGGGACGUUAUGUUAAACGUUAUAGAGCAAAUGGUGAAAAACAAUGGAUCGGCUACUCAAAAAACUGGCAGCGCCGCUCUCAUAACAAAAGCAAAUACCGAUAAUCCGUGCAUUCGAGAUUAUCGGAUGGGAGAAUCCACCGUUAAUAUACCCGUCAGUUGCAAUAAUAAUAUACCACAAAACUCGCUAGCAACACUUUCUGUAGUUAACUCACAUGGGCGCACUCUGCAUAGGCUUCCAGCUCAGCAAAUUUUGUCUUCACCCCAAAUUGCUGCUACCAUUACUCCAGUUCAGUCCGCAUCUGCGAGCGUGCCUAAAACAGAACUAUCAAAGGAAGUGCUUGUUGUUUUAAGAAGUGAACCUGAACCAGAAACAUUAGAUUUGAGCAUUAAAAAAAGUCGUGACAAUUCGAAUUUUUUACAUCAGAGUCUGCCACCGCCUGCUCAUAGCAAAACUAGCAUACAUAACAGUUCGACUGGACUUUCGAUAAGUUCUGCGAGCAUAACCUAUAGGCCCAGUGGGGAAUCGGCAUACGCUGGUUAUCACCAUGAAUCCGGUAGAAUAUCUAAAUCACCCUCAGUUUUUGUAUCGGCGGCACCACAGCCGCAUGGGUUGGUGGUACAGCGCCCGAGUAUAUCGACAUCUCAAUCUGGUUCAAAAAUUUCCAUCAAGCAUAAUGCAAUGAAGCCUUGUACGAAAGUACCGCAUAGUCAAACGAAACCAGGCUCCAUAACACAUGGUACGCCGAUGAAUCCAAUGCAAGGAUCCGUCGUUGUGAAUACUCCGGCGAGUCCGCGUUAUGAUAACUUGCAACGUCAGACUCAAAUUGAUAGUACCAAGAGCGUUGGUUCCAUCACGCAAGGGACUCCUGUGCAUCUUCCUCCACAUCAUUUGCAAGAGAAGCGUAUGUACGAUUAUUACAAUAAAAGGCAAAGUCCAGCACAAUUAUCAAUACCAGGCAAUUUACAAAUCUCAAGUCAAAGUCCAAGUAAUUUUCCUCCUUAUGCCAUUCAAAGUAAUAAUAAUGUACCAUCAGGUUUUACCUCAUCAUUCACUAGACCGCCUACGUAUAAUAUAGAACAACAAUUGAGUUCACGACAAAUAAUUAUAACGGAUUAUAUUACUUCGCAACAAAUGCAUGGACAAGGCCGAAGGACAAUAGAAAAAGAGCCCGUGAGCCGCGGUCCCAUAAUGAGCUCGCCGGCCUCAAUGUAUUACGGCGAUAAAGAUCGUAAUACAAGGCAAGAAUAUCUCAGUCGGGCCUCGCCUGCGGAAAUAGUCAAUAGUGCUCCGAGUCCGCACCACACUCCUCCGCCUCCACCUCAACGGCAGGGCGUGAUACAGCGGCAUAACGCUCACACUGGCCAACCUCACAAUAGCAGCAAACCUACCAGCCCUGCAGCUUCUAAUAAAUUACACCACAUGACCACACCGAUGCAUCAGUAUCCGCCACCAGGUCAUGAAGCAUUUUCAUCCUUGGUUGAUGUAGCUGUUCAACAACCUUCAUUACCAGUUCCACACAAAGAUGAAAAAAGAUCUGAAAUUCUAACACCACCUACUUCAAGUCAUCAUGAUAUUCGAUAUCAGCAGGAUAGAAUUGCUAGGGAUCGAGAUUUGCAGCAUCUUCAUAUGCAACAGUUUCAGCAGCAGCAGCAAUUGCAACGCCAACAGCACACUGUACGAUUAGUAGAGUUGGAUAUGCAUCGUCGCCAACAACACCAACAACAGCAGCAACAAACAUCUAUUUCACAACAGCACAAUUAUCGUAGCCCGCAGCAGCAACAGCAGCAUGAGCGCGAGCAGUACUAUAUCCACAGAAGUAAUUUGGAACGACAGCAGCAACUUGAAAGUGAAAGAUUGAGGCAGCAGCAGAUUCAUAACGAGAAGGAAAUUGAGCGUGGAAACAUUGAGAAGAUUAUGGAGAACGAGCGAAGUCGAGAUUUAGAUCGAGAGGAGCGAUUGCGCAGAGAACGUGAAACUACCAGGUUAUUAGUUGGCUGUAUACCUAGAGAUACGCCAAAUGCGAGGUUACAUGAUCGUAAGGAGCGACAAGUUGCUGCUGACAGAGGACAACUGCCCGCUCAGAGAUCAUCGUCGCCAGAGCAAUUGACUGCUGCAAAAUUAAUUGAUGCUAUUAUAACUCACCAAAUUAAUCAGACCUCAGAUGAUAGCCCCGCACCACCAACAAGGGAUGGAAGGCCAAAUUUCAUCAAUGCUUUUCAUCGAGAGCAUCCUCAAGUUGAAAAUAAUGGAAAAUCACAUUCACCAAAUGUUUUAAAUGUUGAAAUUGAUAAUAUUGAUCAUCAACAACAUCAAAACAGGCCUAACUCAAAUUUAUCACAAAAAAAUAUGACUUUGGGUGAUCUAACCGAUUCAAUUAUAACGAGUGAUUUUAACAAUCCUGGAUACGGUCAUUCUAUCUCAAUGAGAUCUAGUUAUGGUUUAGCACACAAUCAAGACGCCGUUGCCAGUUCCGAUCAAUGGAAGUAUAGGAGGUCGAUUCAUCCGAAGGAUAUUGCAGAUCGCGAUAGAGGUUCAAGAAGUAAUGUUUCCGAUGAACGGCAAAUUAUCCGAAUUGCUAAACCUCCAAGCCCUAGAAGUACUAAACAAAACCAACAUGUAUCUGGACCUGGAUUUCACGAACCAAUAAAUAUGCAUAGCAAUGAUAGAUUUUAUGUUGAUAGGUCGCCUAUUCCUUCUUCAAAAUUUAAGCAACCUGCCAAACAUCUUUCAGCUUUCGAUUAUGUAACAAAUCGCAUUGUAGAAGUGAUGAGAACGGAAGAUGAUAACAAGAGGUCUAAUAUUGAAGAAUCCACAGCUGAGCACCACGAGGGCGACAAAAGUGAAAUGAAAGAGAACGAUCGCAGUUGUUCACCUGGAGAAAUGGUAAUUGAUGAAACUACUGAUUCAUUAGCAAAGAUGGAUACAAUUAGUACCAGUCAAGCGUCAGUUCAAGUCAUCACAACAUACCCAUCCACUGCCUAUAAUUAUCCAUAUAGUGCGCUUAAUGUGUCCGAUCAAGUGACUCAGCAAGUUUCAAUAUCUGUGAAUGUCGAUAAUGCACAGCCAAAACCUCUGAUGUCUGCUCAAUAUGAGCCCCUAAGUGAUGAAGACUAAUUAUUCCAACUAUAUUGUAAUAAUAAUGCUGCUGCUUUAUGAAUGCUUUAAACAUAUUUUAUGCAUAUAUUUUUUAUGUGCAUUUAUAUUAUAUACAUGCACAUGUAUGUAUAUAAUAUUAAAAUUUAUAUUAUAAUACAAUUUAAGUAACAGUAGACAUUCAAUUGACUUAAAUCAAGUAUGAUUAUUUGUGUUCAUUUGCAUAUUGAUAAUUUGAUCUUAUUAUAUUAUGAAUA